UUUCAGUUUACGGAUCUCAAAGAAAAUAUCACAGAAGAUCAAGGCAAAAAGGUGUCUCCCUGGAGCUCAACGAUGAUGUCAUACCUCAAGCAGGCCCCGUAUGCCAUGAACGGGCUGGGGCUCGGCGGGGCAACCAUGGACCUCCUGCAUCCCUCUGUGGGAUAUCCUGCGAAUCCUCGUAAACAAAGAAGAGAGAGGACGACAUUCACACGCACUCAGCUGGACAUCUUGGAGAGUCUGUUCGCUAAAACCCGCUAUCCUGACAUUUUCAUGCGGGAGGAGGUCGCCCUGAAGAUCAAUUUGCCCGAGUCAAGAGUGCAGGUUUGGUUUAAAAACAGAAGAGCAAAGUGCCGCCAGCAGCAGCAGCAGCAGAGCAGCACCAGCUCAAAGAUCCGUCCUGCAAAAAAGAAACCGUCUCCUUCCCGCGAGAGCCCGGGGUCUGAGAGCAGCGGCCACUUCACUCCCCCUGCAGUCUCUUCAUCAUCCUCAUCCUCGUCUUCAUCUUCGGGCUCCAACCCGUCUGCUCUUAGCGGAGUGGGUCUGAUCAGCAGCUCGUCCUCAGGAACACCUGUCCCGUCCAUCUGGAGUCCCGCACCAGUCUCUCCAGUCCCCGCCCCCCCCUCCCUCCCUGAUAUCUCGCCUCCAGCCAGUGCAUCCUGCAUGCAGAGGGCUAUGUCUAGUGGAGGGGGAACCACCGGCGUCCCGUCGUACCCCAUGCCCUACAACCAGGCUCCCAGCUACGCCCAGGGCUACCCGACCUCAAACGCUGCUUCUUAUUUCGGAGGCAUGGACUGCGGAUCCUACUUGGCACCCAUGACCGGCCACGCCCACCAUCACCCGCAUGCCCAUCACACACAGCUGAGCACCGCCGCUGCAGUCUCAGGACACCAUCAUCCUCACCAUAUUGGGCAGAGCAGCGGGCACCACCCUCACCACCAGGGGUACGUUGGCACCGCGCUGCCUUUCGGCUCCUCAGACUGUCUGGAUUACAAAGAGCAAGUGGCGUCAUCAUGGAAACUCAACUUCAGUUCUGCGGCAGCUGACUGCUUGGACUACAAAGACCAGGCCGCCUGGCGCUUUCAGGUUUUGUAAGAAUGUUUCUCCUGAUGUUUACUUGUUUGUUUUUCUUCCUGAACAAGUGUCUUUUCCUCACCGUUUGGGAAAAAGCAGUGACUUUUUUGGGCCAGCUUUUUUUCCAGAGCUUACCAAAGUGUGUUUCUAAAUGGAGGCGGGUUCUCCGUGGCUCCUCAGUCGGACUGAGUUGAAAGCGAGGGCCGGAUUUGACGUGACGCACUCGAGGAAUGGUGUUUUGAAACUAU